CGCAAAUAACGCAAAACGCAAAACGCAAUGCGCCCGCCCCUGGUCCCGACUUAAGUACGCCACUUCGGAUUAUUUCUCCAAUCUUAAUUCAUCAUUUUAAACAGAUUUUACAUAAAAAUGUCGAAUACAAACACAACACAAUCACAAGAAAUUACGUUAUAUGACCAAAUUCUACAGUUAAUCGUCUCAUUAAAUAGCACAUUCCCUUAUGUUUCAAUAGUUAUAAAUAUAACUUCAUUAAUUAUUUAUAUCUUGGAAAUUAUAACUAUUUUGAAGCAUAAAAAGUUCCACACACCUUUCUAUUGGCUCUUCAUUAUAAGAGCAAUUACUGAUUUCUAUUCAUCCUUCGGUUCUUAUGCCAAUACGAGAUUAAUUGUAAUUACUAGAGGUCUACCUUAUAAACUUUAUUUAACGUUUCCAAAUUGGGUCUUUGCGUUCUUCUACUUUUUGGUUCUGCAUGGAUAUGGAGCUAACAAUUUAGCUACAAUUUUUAUGAUGUUGACUCGUUUAACCGCUAUUAUGUUUUUAAUGAAGCAUGAUAAAGUGAGGAAAAGGCUUAAGUAG